UUCAUAAAUAGAUUACCUUUUAAUUGUUAAAUUAUUCAUAGUGUACCUGUAUUGUAGUCAUGAAAAUGUCUCCAUUAGUUAUUAGUAAGGUAUUAACCUAUUUUAUGUUCAACGUAGCAGUAUUAAUGUUUUUUUUUAUAAAUAUUGAAAUAAAUCAUCCUUAUAUAUAAAAUUACUUGUUUUGUUUUUGACUACAGAAAUGAACUUACAUUCUGCAUUUUUGGUGUGCAAUCGGCUUGGCGCAUUUCCUAUUGUAUACGAUAAAAGCAGUAGGUUGUUCUCAACGUCAAAAUGUGGCCUCUUUAUCACAUUCGUACAUGUCGUGAUUGUUGGACUUCAAAUAUAUACGCAUUUGACGAUGAUAUUUUAUGGUGUUAUAAAGAAAACGUCUGCUGUCACGUCUAUCGUGUUGAGCACCAGUGGGAUCGGAUUGCUGUGCAUGUUACUAAGAAGAAUGGUGUUUGUGAGCGACACAGUUAAAUGUUACAACAGCUUAUCUGAAUGGUCAGUUGACAUUUCGAUACGAAGAUCGUCAAUUGUAAUUAUGUACAUCAGCAUAGUGGCAGUGCUAAUCGAAUUUGUUGGAGAUACGUAUAGUAUAGAAAGACGUAUGAAAAACAAGCUCAUGAACUUGGACAACAUAACAUCCUAUGCGUUUUUGGGAUUCGAAAUGCAAAUGAUACACACUUUCUACGCGAUCGGUCGAUUUUACAGCGAUUUGAAUAAUUAUGUACAAUCGGACUUCAUCGAUGACUUCGAAAGAAUUCGCCAAGCUCGACAACGAAAUCUCUUGUUGUACACGUUUUGCAAAAAGUUCAACUCAUACUACAGCAUAGACUUGAUCAUACUUUUAUCGUGCUACCAACUGUACGUGCUUUUGGUACUGUUUAAGCUCAUAAAUAGCUUGGCCAAGAGUAUUGCAACCGACAAUUUUCCUUACAGCUUUGUAAAUUUAAAAUUGAUCAUCAGAAUUAUACGUAUUACAAGACUAUUUAUGGUUUUUAUCUACCUAGUAGAGUCAAGUUCUUAUCUACAUAAGAAGAGUGUUUUUACAUUUUAUCAUAUAUUACGCAAUAGAGUGAAUUGUCUGAAGCAUCAAACCAAAGAACAGGUUUAUUUAUUUUUAAACGAACUAAAUGCUACAGAAGUAAAUAUAUCAGCGAACGAUUGCUACGACGUUAAUAAGAAGUUUCUAUAUUCUGUAUUUAGUUCCAUUAUUGGGUUUAUCGUACUGGUUGUAUCUUUUUUGUGUAAUCGAUUCUAAUAUAUUAUGAGCACAUGGCACAACCGUUUUAAUAUUAUAAGAGCAUUUUUUUUACAUAAUAUGUAUAAAUGUUUUCACAUCACAUCUACAGUUGGUACAAUUGUACAAUUAUUUACAUUUUAUAAUUAUUUAUAAAUAUUAGUUACAUAUUUUAUACUAGUGAACGGAGUUCUGCUUUAUUAAAAGGUAUAUGAGGAAAUAUAAAAUAUAAUAUAAGGUAUUAGUGUAUUACAUAAAAUUGUAUGUUGACUUAUAAAUUAUUGUGUUAUUUUUUAGAACUUCAGAUAACAAGUUUUUAAUAUUAUGUACCUACAUAAUACCUAUUACCUAUAUAUUUAUGUUUAACUAGCCGUGGAUAACCUCUUUUAAUAUGGUUCUUUUAUUAAGCACUAACAUUUGGUAUGACCUUAUAGUAAUUUUUUAGUUACAGAUUAAUUAAAUUGAAUUCUUAGUUUGAUACGUUAUAUACAUAACAUUAUAUACAAUUUUAUUUUAAUUUAAAAUAUUAGAUAAACAAUGCGUUAUUAUAAAAUUAAGUAGCGUAAAACCGAUUUAACUUAAUUUUUUUGUAUUGUGUUUCAUAAUAUUGCUUAACAAUUUUUUUUUUUGAAAGUUGUAUGUUUUAUAUAAUUACUUCAAAAUUUUUUGUUUUAAUUAAGUUUAACAUUUUAACUGUUUUUUGUUCAAACUUAUUGUGAAUCUUUAAGUGUAUUUUUUUUCAUUGUUGUAAGUUGCAAUUACAUAAUAUUAAUCGAAUUAUAGGCAAUUUUUUUUUUAUUCUCAUAAGUGUGAAUUUAAAACCAGCGGUAAUUAAUAAUGUAUUAAUGACUUUUUUAAUCCGUGGUUACGCAGUUACACUUCCAAGGUAAGGAUUUACGAUUUUAUGUAAGUAAUGGAUUUAAAAACAAUUUUUAACAAUUAAAUAUAUAUAUAUAUACAUAUUAAAUAUUAUAGACUAUGGAGUAAGCAUUUAAAUGCUAUUCAAUUAAAUAAACUUCAUUUAGAAAGUAAUAAUAAGUUCACUAUAGAAGAGUGUGUGCUUAUAUCAACUUACCAAGAAGGAAUAGUAAUUACAUAUUGUGAUAGUUGAUUUGGG